CAAUGAAUAUAUCGGAAUGCUGCUAUACAUACAUGGCAGCCGUAGCAAUAUCGGCUCGUAUUGGCUUCGUUUGGUACUUAUAAAUGUCGUUGGCGUUUGAACAACUGUAGCUUGAUGUAACCUAGUGUAACCGUCGAGAAUUAUACGUGAUUAUCUGCUGGAGUUGGAAGACGAAAUAUGAUUCCGUGCAAUUUAAGUUUGCUCCGAUUGUUUCCGUUUUCUCUCGUUUGCAUUUGCAUUCGCGUUUGUGGCUGAACGACGCGUGUGUCGACGACUCCAAUGCGAGAACAAGAUUGUCCUCGUUGAUUAUUUAUCGUGGAGAAUGAUGUCGGGCAGCAGCGAUUCAGAGGAAUUUUUCGACGCGGAGGACGAUUCGUUUCACCGCACGUCGCGAAAAGUUAAGCAGCGUGAUUCUACUAGUGCCGAUACUACAAAAAUAUCGCAAGUUUGCAAACAAGAAGAUGAUUGUAUUUUUGUAAAACCUGCCGAACCAAAAUCAAUUGUCGAGCCAAACAGUCGUGCAUCCGUAGACUGUGGCUCAAAUAAAGAUAAACUUGAUGAAGAUAGCAAGGAAUGUACCAUGGAUAAAAUUGUGGGUAGAAGAAGAUUUCGUGAACUUCGACAACGCAUGCAAACGGAAGAUGAUGAUAUUCCGAUCAAUAGUUCUCCUCCAGAUAGUCAGACAUCUUCCAUCGAGGGUGUUUAUCCUACUCCUUCAAAAACAACCCAUCCGUUCAGAAUUAUAGAACACGACACUCUCAGCUUACAAAGUAUGACUUCUCUAGGACGAGUGGGCCGAAUUUUGGCAGGAGUCGUAGAUAACGCUUCUGGCGUUGUUGCGUCUGGUAUAUCCCAGUGCCCUCCUCCUGCCGCCCUUACCCGUGAGAGUCAGAUGUCCUCCAUUGCUAGUAUUCCGAGCAAAGAUGAGGACACAACCUCUGGUAAGGUGUCCCUGUCUUCCAGCAUCCUUACGUUAUCAGGGGAUGCCCUGCAGGAAUCCUCUGUUAACGGUAGAUCCACAUAUGCCUCUCACUCGCAAAGUGACAAGACUAUUAUGCUUCAAGAACCCGAUGUCAUCGCUAGUACAAAGAAUAAUGGAAAAUCAAUGGAAGAUGUCGCGAUGCCUGGUGUACCCGUUGCUCCACCGCGUCGUAAAAAAACCAAGACAAAUAUAUCCAGCGAUCUCGCUCCUUCCACAGAAGUGCUCGUUCCCGCAUCGCCACUUCCAAGUCCAGCAAGUACUAUAGAAUCGAUUACCAGGGAAUUUGAGCACUCUCUCGAUAUUCGAUCUGCAACGAAAGGUCAAUAUGUCGUUAAACCACAAGAUGAGGAUAAAUUGAAAGCCGAAGGUCCGUCUACCGAGGAACUCGAAAGAGUAGAGAGAAUGAAGGCAGAAUUGCUCAGUCGAUCGAGCGAAAAGUCUAGUAGUCCAUUAGGGUCAGCAUCGAGCAAUAGUAUCGGCCGUUAUUCUCUAGGUCCAUAUAAACUUUCGAUAAUAAGCCCGAGUAUGAGCCCGCAAGGUUCCAAGGAAAGACGUAAAUCCGCCGGUGAUCAAGAUAUGGUUAAACAAUUAAAUAUGUUCGUAAGGACUAGGACGGACUCUGGCAAGCGUCUCACCGACAUGGAAAUCCUGGAACAAGUACCUGUAACGAAUUUGGAUACGGGGGAACAGGUGCCAUUGAGUAUAGCAGAAGAUAAAUUACCGCAAUGUAUCAAUCCUUUGUCACUACACAUUAUGAGACUAACUAAAUCUAAAUAUAUAAGCAAUUCUAGUCUCGAAAAGGAGAAAGAAAGCGAUGAGGAAAGCGUGGAUAGCAAAAUGUCCAGUAUACCUCCGGAUGAGGAUGUAUCCGUGGACAGAGUUCGAAAGCGGACGCAAAAGUUGAAACGAUUCCUAGGAUCGACCGUAAAAAAGACCAUGGAUAAAGCGAAAUCUAUUGCGCAAGAGGUAUCGCACGCGAGACACAAAGAAGACGUUAUGGACAUAGUCGACGAAGUCUAUCCCGGUGAACAACAAUAUAUCAAAUUGAAAGCGUCCAACAGCCAUAAAGGUCCGUACGAGUUUAGUUGCUUACAGCACGUUCAAGAUCUUAGCGGGGAACACGUAGGACCCGUUUGGUGUAUGAAGUUUUCAGCUUGCGGUCGAUUGUUGGCCACCGCGGGACAAGAUCGCGUUCUAAGGAUCUGGGUUUUACGUGACGCUUUCACAUAUUUUCAGGAUAUGCGAACAAAGUAUAACGCGGAAAAAGUCAGCCCUACUCCUUCGCAGGAAUCGUUAGUUUCGCAACAAUCCAUGGAAGAUCCCAACGUCGUGGCUAGUGCCUUUAACGAGAUAGAAGGAACGAAAAGUCCGUUUAUGCCAAAGCCAUUUUGCACCUAUACCGGUCACACUUCGGAUCUGCUCGAUGUUUCAUGGUCUAAGAAUUACUUCAUUUUAUCCUCAUCGAUGGAUAAAACCGUACGACUUUGGCAUAUAUCUCGCAAAGAAUGCUUAUGUUGCUUUCAGCAUAUCGACUUUGUCACCGCCAUAGUAUUCCAUCCGCGGGACGAUCGGUACUUUCUCUCGGGAUCACUGGACGGUAAAUUACGCUUAUGGAAUAUACCAGACAAGAAGGUCGCGGUAUGGAACGAAGUCGACGGACAGACAAAGUUGAUCACCGCGGCAAAUUUUUGCCAGAACGGCAAGUUCGCGGUUGUGGGAUCGUACGACGGUCGUUGCAUAUUCUAUAAUACCGAUCAAUUGAAAUAUCAUACGCAAAUACACGUCCGAUCGACAAGAGGAAAAAAUUCCACCGGUCGCAAGAUCAGCGGAAUCGAACCUAUGCCGGGAGAAGACAAGAUAUUGGUUACAUCAAACGACAGUCGUAUUCGUUUGUAUGACCUAAGAGACUUGAAUCUAUCUUGCAAAUACAAAGGAUACGUGAACGUCAGUAGUCAAAUUAAAGCGAGUUUCAGUCCCGAUGGACAAUAUAUAGUUAGCGGUUCCGAAAAUCAAUGUAUCUACAUUUGGAAAACUCAUCACGAUUACUCGAAAUUUUCUAGCGUUCGAAGGGAUCGAAAUGAUUUCUGGGAGGGAAUAAAGGCGCACAAUGCCGUAGUAACGUGCGCCGUAUUCGCACCAAAUCCAGAUAGCAUUAUCAAGCAAAUCGAAGCGAGAGAACAGUGGGAGAACAAAGAGGAGCAGCCAAGAAACAACGUGGACAACUCGAGCGCGAGAGUUCCCGUCGAUCCCGUAGUCGAGCAACGUACCAAAGGUUGCGGAGGUCAUGUCCUCGUGAGUGCCGAUUUCAACGGGUGUAUAAAAGUUUUUUUAAACAAGACAAAACCGAAGCACAGUUCUCUACCGGCAUCCGCACUCGCGUAACGUAAUAUCAUGUAUCACGUAUGAAUUCAAGCGAUACAGUAAUCGAGAAAGCAAACGUGCGUGCGCGUUCUCAUCGCGCGAACGCGCUUUUCCCUCUUUCGUUUUCUCCUUUCGCACGUUCGAGUUUCAUCACGGGCUUAUAUCGGUCGACAGAUAGAAUUGCGUACAAUCGACCCUUUUUUUUCUUUUUCCUUCCAAUAUGAUACUUUUCAUAUCAAAUACAAGCAGUUUUGCGCGCGCGUAUGUAUGUGUGGAUGUGUAAGUUGU